AUGGGUGAAACUGAAGAUCUGGUGUUAGAAAGGCAAUGGCGAUGGCGAUGGCGAUGGCGAUGACAAUGGACCGCGUUGCGUUGUUGGAUCGACUCUCUUCUUGCGCUUGGCACGACCGCAGUCUGCACCUAACCAAAACCAGGCACCUUGAACUACCUCUUGCCUUUCGGUGUCAAUUCUUUCGGGGAGUCUGAAUAUGGUGGUUCGGGUAUUCACCUCAGUCUUUCCUGUGGGAGGUUCAACAAGAGCGAACCACCCUAUACCGACUCGACUUGUUUAUUGUG